AUGUCCCGAUGGUUCUUGUUUUAUGCUUGCUGGCUCACACGCUCGCCCUUUUAUGAUCCGUACAGUUUCGAAUCCAAGAUUUUUGAAACUCAAGAAGUCACCUUUGCCGACACCAAAGAGAUCAUUGUCAAGGGAGGUCGGGAUCUCUUCCCUUUGUUACCCAAGGCCUUUGAAGGAAUUGAGAAAAUCGGAGUUAUCGGAUGGGGAUCCCAGGCGCCGGCGCAGGCCCAGAAUCUGAAAGACUCUUUGAAGGAAGUCGGCGCCGACAUUACCGUCUCCAUUGGUCUACGCGAAGGAUCUUCCAGUUUCGAAGAAGCCAAGGAUUGCGGCUUCAGUGAGGAGGACGGUACCCUCGGAGAAAUGUUCAGCGUCAUCAAGGAAUCCGACUUGGUCGUUCUCCUCAUCUCCGACGCCGCACAAGCCAAGCUGUACAAGGAAAUUUUUGCCGCCAUGAAGCCCGGUGCCACGCUCGGCCUCAGUCACGGCUUUCUGCUCGGACACUUGGACUCGAUCGGAGAAAAGUUCCCCGAGAAUAUGGACGUGAUUGCCGUCUGCCCCAAGGGAAUGGGACCCUCGGUCCGUCGUCUUUAUGAACAGGGCAAGGACGUGAACGGCGCGGGCAUCAACUCCAGUUUUGCCGUCCACCAGGACGUCAGUGGCAAGGCCACCGAAUUGGCUCUGGGUUGGGGCAUUGCGCUCGGAUCCCCCUUCAUGUUCGAAACCAGCCUCCGAUCCGAAUACUGCUCCGAUAUUUACGGCGAACGCGGCAUCUUGCUCGGUGCCGUCCACGGGAUCGUCGAGUCCUUGUACCGCCGCUACCAACGUCAAGGCAUGAGCCCCGAACAAGCAUUUUUGGAAUCGUCCGAAUCCAUCACCGGUAAUAUCGUCAAGAUCAUCUCCACUAAGGGAAUUAAAGCCGUAUACGAGUCCCUUGAUGGUGACGACAAGGAGACCUUCCAAAAAGCCUAUUCUGCCUCGUACAAGCCCGCCAAGGAGAUUCUGCAAGAAAUCUAUGACGAGGUCAGUUCGGGAAACGAAAUCCGCACCGUCAUUAUGCACGGCGCCCGUAUCGACAAGUACCCCGUCGGAAAGAUUGACGGCACCGAUACCUGGAAAGUGGGUGAAAAGGUUCGCGCCGAGCGUGACGAAGACAAGAUCCCCCUCAACCCCUUCACGGCCGGUGUCUACGUGGCCACAAUGAUGGCCCAAAUUGAUGUGCUCUUGGAAGAAGGUCACCCGUAUUCGGAAGUCGUGAACGAGUCCGUCAUUGAGGCCGUCGAUUCCUUAUGUCCAUACAUGCACUACCGAGGAGUGGCCUUUAUGGUAGAUAACUGCUCCUUCACGGCCAAGACGGGUAGCCGCAAGUGGGCUCCCCGUUUCGACUACAUUCUGGACCAGUUGGCGUACACGGCGGUUGACAAUGGUGCGCCGGUGAACGAGCAAUUGAUUGCCGACUUUGAAAAGCACUCGGUGCACCAAGCUGUCGAAGAAUGCUGUAAGCUUCGACCGGCGGUGGACAUUAGUCUGUUUGCCGAAACCUCGACCAAGGAAAUUGUCAUUCAGUAA